AUGGCUGGCACUCGAUGCACUUCUGCUUCUCCUCAGGGUGGUGCUCCUCUUGAUCGACCUUCUUCUCCUGUCAACAGUGUCCAUGCACAGCAGCUCUCCAACCGCAACGCCAUGGCCUCCGGCGACCGUGACAACGGUGUGCUACUCAACGACUAUGAUCUUCGCUCUGCAAACACCAAAUCCGCCGUUGGCAGCCCCAACUCUGAACAUAACCUUCUGCUAUCUACUCCUGAUGUCAGACACACCCAAGUUCCGGCUGUAAGUCACAACCACAAGACAUCUUGUGACCAUAUCAUGGACCAGGAUGCCCAGACCAAUGACUACAAUAACCUGCCUGGUGCUCAACCACCUCUUAGCGCAGAAGGUCGUAUGGAUGUGCCAGUACAGCAGUUCUCACAGCUAACUGUUGAUACCACCAACAUUCAGUUUGCUGAGGGCGUUAGCGAUUAUUCCUCUGCUCUCAAUGCUCGGUCAUCGGCCCUUAGCUCCCAAUCAAGUGAUUCCUGGUUGCACGGCACAAGCGUCACCCACAAAGCCGGCAACCCUGGUACGGGCAGCCGUGACUCCCCGGCUAGUAGAAUUGCUGAAGCUUCUCUCGGCUUAACCAAACAGACUGAAAGCAGUACUGCCGCCACGGCCAUUGUCAAAGAGGGCAAGAACAAGCGUAAAGCACCCCAGGGUAUUUAUAGCUCUUCAUCUUCUGGCUCGUCUACCACUCGAUUCUCUCCCAACCAUACUUCGAACCACCACAUCGAAGCCAGAAUCGAAACCAAGCCCGACUCUGCCAUCGGCAUUUCGAAGCCAUCCGGCUCGAAGAAUGGCUGGGUUGCUCCCCACCUUCGAGGCGGAACCCACGACGGUCAGGUUCAACGUCCUAUCAGAGAGCCAAUCGCCCCUGGACCUUUUCAAGGCAUUGCUCCUGUCAAAAACUUCGACCGUCGCGCGCCUGCCUCUAAUCAAGCCAAUGGCAGGCGUGGCCUCACCUGCGCUCCUCACCCCAUCUUCAACAUGUGUUUCAAUAGCGCUGGUGCCGCGAGCCAACUUGCCACCCAUCAACAACAGCCCGUCCCGGCGCCGAGCUUUAAUCUGGCCUUUGGCACGUUCCAAGGCAACGGCUUGAUCCCCCGCAACAGCACCAUUCGUCAAGCGCCAGUUCGGGCUCAACCGUCUGCUGCCGUCGCUAGCUUUGGCUCGGCGCAGCCGGCUGGUGAUGCUGCUAACAUGGCAAGUGCGGUUGCGGGCCAGGGCCCCGUCUCCUUCACUCCUGCUGGCAUAUUCCGCCCGAUGAACGCGGUGACUCGACCAUUCCAUCACCCGGACCUCGAUAGCCAGCGGGAGCUGAAGGCGCAGCUUGGAAUCUCGCCUAAUUACGCGGGUGACGCUACGAUCCCGCGUAACCAGUCAGCGCCUAUUCCUGACAGCCAGAACGUCGCUUUCUGGAUCACGAACCUUCCGCCUAAUGUCACGCACAGCCAGCUUCUCGGCCAGAUCCACGGCAUGGGACGGGUCUGGGCCUGUGUCAUCAGCCCUCCCAUCGGCGACCACAUCACGGCGGCGGCGAAGCUUGUCUUUUUCGAACUGGCGGCGGCUCAGAAGUUCUACGCUCACUGCAGCAACCCUCGACGUCGUCUGAUCGUUGGGGGCCAUGUUGCGCAUGUUUGUUUGAACCGCACCAAGAAGGCCGAGGAGGAUGUUGGCGGCAACCGCUCCAGGGCUGUUGUCAUCAUGGGCGACCCUUCGUUCGUCAAUCCCCGUACGCUUCUGCAGUGGUUCCGCAACCAUUUCGAAUACGAAAUCGACGACAUCAUCAUCCAUGCUCUCAACAAGGAAAUGGGACACAUCGAGAUCCGCUUCGGAAGUUGGCGCUCGCAGGCAGAGUCAUGCCGCCAGGCCAUCAAGACCGUCUACCCUCCUGGAGGCGCUCAAUCUCCCGUCUGGGUCUUUCGCUACGGCACCGACCCGUGCUCCAUCUGA